ACAUUCUUUCACAUAUCUAUUGAAUAGUUCAUAUAUCUUCAUUCGACUGAUAUCAUUCAUUGUAAAAAUUUCUAAUAAACCAAUUUCAAAAUGAAGACCUCAACUCAACAACUCUUAUCCAUUCUCCUCCUUCCUCUCUCCGUCUUUGCCGCUCCGACAGGUUCCAUCGAAUCUAGAGCAUGCUCAGACGUGACGGUGAUCUUUGCCCGUGGAACUACUGAGAUUGGAACUCUCGGUACUGUAGUCGGACCACCUUUUCUCUCCGCUCUCAAAUCCGCUCUUGGGUCAUCUUCAGUCACCAUGAAUGGUGUCAACUAUCCAGCAGAUAUUCCAGGAUUUUUACAAGGAGGUGAUCCUGCCGGCAGUAAGACUAUGGCCUCAAUGGUCACAUCAACCUUAUCCAGCUGCCCAGACACAAAAGUCGUCAUCUCUGGUUACUCCCAAGGUGGUCAACUCGUGCAUAAUGCUGCCAAACUUUUACCAGCCGACACAACAGCUAAAAUCAGCUCUGCCGUUAUCUUCGGUGACCCAGAUAAUGGAGAUGCAGUUCAAGGUGUCUCAGCCGAUAAAACUGAUAUCAUUUGUCACGUCGGAGAUAACAUCUGUCAAGGCGGAAGCUUGAUCUUAAUGGCUCAUCUAACUUAUGGAAUGGAUACGACGGCAGCAGCUGCAUUUGUUAAGAAGGCAGCCGGAUUGUAAGGGAUUUGAAAUGAGUCGGAUGACUGUUUGCGGUGCGCAUUGGAUGGUAUGGAGUUUCUUGGAAUGAUAUGAUACGACAUGGGCCGUCUUUCAUUCUCGAAAUUAGGCAUGGAGUCUUGAGUUUUUGACGGUGAAGGCUUGUCUGGUACAUUUUGCUUCUUCUUUUCUUCCUGCUGGACUUUUCCUUGCUCUUCUAUUCCUGUUGGGCAAAUAUCACUCUAAUUGGGAUGACCUAUCUCAACUAUAGGGGUUCUUGUCAGACGGAAUUGGAUUUGUUGGGCCAGUAGGAUCUAUUUAUCUUCCGCUUCCUUGCUUGCAGGCUAGCAUUUCUAUUUACACACACCAAGUAACAAAAGGCUGGUUCGAAAAUUAUUUCUCUUUGAAUUGUAAUCUUGUGUGAAUUUUUAUUUUUAUUUUUGUAACUAAGUAAUUUCUAAUUAUUCUACUAGUAGAAAUUAUACUUCAAUUAUUAUACCUAGUUAUA